CUUUGAAAGGAUCAUUUCAGCGAAGUCGGCCUAUAGUACAUCAUCCAUAACUCCCCCAAUUCACCACCACCACCUCCAUCGCCACCACCUCCAACUGCCGCCCCUUCUCCCACCAAAAACCCUCCACCCACAUUUGCAUUAUUCAGAUUCACUAACAUAACCGUUGAAUUUUAUACACAACAGUAGCCAAAUCGGCGCCAAAUUUGGUGGGGCCAUCUCCAUUGCUCUCCCCCUCCCCCAUAUAUAUUGAAUCGGACAACUAAAACUUCGUUUUUUCUCUCUCCGAAUCAAGCAUUUUAAGAGUUUGAUGCAAACCCUAUAUUUUGUCUGCUUUGAUCUGGUGAGAGAGAAACUGAAUAAUGCAAUGGAGGAAUCUCCUUCUCCAUCUAGCGGCCUUCUCCAUGAUGAAACUGCCAGUGAGACCCUCUUGGGCGAAGAACAAGAAUUUGAUUCGGAAACCCUUUUGGCCACAGAAGAACGGGAGUAUAUUCAAUUCCUACUUGAAAAAGAGGCCGAUGCGGGUUUCUCGAGGCACCAAAGUUCGCUGAUUGCGAACGAUAACUGGACCAAAUCUGCUCGUUUAGACGCUAUUUGUUGGAUUCUCAGAACAAGAGCGAGCCGUGGGUUCCAAUUCCAAACCGCUUACCUGUCAGUUACUUACUUUGAUGGGUUUCUUUCAAAGGAACCUGUUGAUAAGCCUUGGGCAAUCAGAUUGUUGUCAAUAGCUUGUCUUUCUCUUGCGGUGAAGAUGGAGGAGUCGGGGCGGCCGCGGCUGUCGCAGUUCCUUUUGGAAGAAGGGUAUGAAUUUAAGAGGAAAAUGGUUCAGAGAAUGGAGCUUUUCGUGUUGACCAAAUUGGAUUGGAAGAUGAGAUUAGUCACCCCUUUUGCUUACAUUCAUUACUUCAUCAAAAUGUUCUGCAAAGAGGAGAGUCUACGGAAGAAUAUGAUUCCCAGAACAGCACAGCUGAUCUUGGAUGCAAUGGAAGACGCAAAAUUGAUGGAUCAUCGGCCUUCUACUAUAGCUGCCGCAUCCACAUUGCUGGCGUUGGAUCAAAAGUCAACAAGAAAUGCUUUGGAGAUGAAGGUCAAUGCUGUGAAUCCAACAGGAUUCCUUCAUAUUGAGGAUGUAGUCUCUUGCUAUAAUCGAAUCCUAGAGAUAGACAAGGAGACAGCAACAGCAGAACCAAAUUAUAGAGGGGCUGAAGCUUUUGAAAAUUCUUCCGUUAGUAAUGGUUCUAGCAGGAAAAGAAAAUCACCGUCGGUGACAUGAUAUCAGUGAAUUGUUGGGUGAUUAUUGGCCCCAUAAUGGUCUAAAAAAUCACCAGUUGGGUGUGUGAUUUUGUAGUCGAUUGGUGGUGUCACGAGCAUGUAAAGAAAGGAGGGGGGCAAAGGGUAAUAAAAGCAAUGCUUUGGGGUACAUGGAAGCUUACUGUUAUUUGUUUGAGGUCCAAAGCAAAGCUGACAAAGUGGGGGACUUGAAAGCUGCUUUGUACUCAAACAGCGAUUCUCAGUUUUGUUCAACCUGUUACUUCACUUUUUUUUUUCUUUCCAUCUUUUUGGUGUCAAAUAUACCCUUUGCAACGCCAACUUUUGAUGAUGGGUGUGCUUGGGUCGGGAUGCUUUCUUUUUUGCAUUUGAAAAAGCCUGGGGAAAACCCUAACAGGGCAGGGGCUCCAUUUUUUGUUUUCAUGUUUUAGUGAUGUCUUUUUAGAGAAUGGCCACGCCAUGCUCUAUUCCUUUGUUGUGUAGCUUUUGUUGGUCUUGUAUUGAGGGCUCAUGAAACCAAGACAUUUCUUGGAAUUGAUACGUUUGCUGCUUUGGACCAUCAGCUGGUCUCCAGCAUUAUCAUCAUCAGCUAAUGAUUUUGUUAGUUUUCCAACCCGAUCUUUUUCCAAGAGCACUGCAAAAGAUAAUGUUGUAAAUAAAAAUAAUGUUCGAAUUUAGAAUUGAUGUGGUCAAAACGUAAAAGAUAAUCUGAUAUGAUCCUGGCAUGGUUACAGAGUGUGCC